AAACCGACUGAAGUCAAUCUUGAAGUUUAUGAUGGAGCUUGUCAUGUUUUUCCAAUUAUAAUUCCUACUGAAAAAGUUUCUCAGUUCUCAAUAAAACGUUCUUGCAAUUUCAUUAAGAAUUACACGCUUAAUGAAAGUAUUCAAGAUAAAGCGGAGGGUAACUCUAUUGAUGCUAUUGUAAUUAACCCUAAUUGUGAUAUUAGAGAGUUGGAUGCGAAAUUUCUUGAAUGUUUGAGUUGGGAAAACAUUGGAGUUAUCCCAGAAGUAGAAGUUGAAAUUGAUCAAAUGGAAUAA